AUGGCCUCCUCUAGCAGCCCGCCCGGCGCUAUCGCCAGCUCACCCGAGGACCCUCACAUUCACUCGCCGCACUCUCACGCCUCGAGCCCCAACAGCAUGCACUCGCCCAUCCAUAGUCCGCCAUUCCAUCAUCACGUCAAUCCUCUGACCGACUGGGCUCUCCAGCAGCAGCAGCAGCAACAGCAGCAGCAGCAGCAGAUGGCGGCUGCUGCCCCUCACGAUCACCAUGAUCUUAACCAGAUAGAUCUUUCUCAGUUCAUCCAAGAUCCGUCACUGCUCAAUUUCAGCGGCCUUCCUCCAGCUUUCGCUACGAAUCCCAUGGACUACUUGCCCGCCACCACACAGGCUGCCAUUCAGCAGGCCAGUCUACUCGAUUCUACUUUCCAAUCCAUGCCUCCCAUGGAUCCCACGACCCAUGCUAUGCACUGGGGUAGCACAGGAAUGGAGAGCUGGCAAGAAUUCCAAAAUACUCUGCCGAUGGACAGCCUCACCAGAAUGGGCAGUGUCGGCAGCAAUUCACCCACGGGAACAUAUCUCGAGGUUCUGUCCUUGCCUUCCUCUGUUGGUGACGGCUGGGCCAUGGUUGACUGGGGACAUGGACACCACAAUGUUGAACCGUUCCCGCAAGCACAUAAUACCCAUGCCAUCUUCAACCCCUCGCAAACCCUCCACCUCCGUACCAAUUCGGACUCCUCUGACGGCGCGAACUCUCUGGACUUCGGCAGCUUUGAAGAGAUUGCCCCCUUCCCCUACUCCCCCUUCUCCCCAGAGUCCGAUGGCCACGGUGACGCCCACAACCAUCGUAACUGCUUCUCUGGUGAGAGCCACCACACUCACUCUCACGAGAGUGUCUCCCCCAAGGCUGUCCCUGCCGCUGUUCCUGUCAAAAUGGAGAGCGCCGUUGCCGUCAAGACGGAGGGAGCAAUCCGCCAUAGCCCCGGCAGCGGGGCCGGUACUGGUGCUACCACACCGCCGUCUACAUCCGCUCCCUCCUCCCGCAGAAACUCUGGGCCUCGCAAGAGUCCCAUUACCAAGGCCCCCAAACCCGUUGUCCGUAGAAUAUCUACCGGCAAGAAGGAUGGCACUGGCGAGAAGAAGGUUGGUCGCAGAAAGGGCCCGCUCCGUCCUGACCAGCGCAAACAAGCCAGUGAAAUCAGAAAGCUUCGCGCAUGUCUGCGCUGCAAGUUUCUCAAGAAGACUUGCGACAAGGGCGAGCCUUGUGGCGGUUGUCAGCCUUCACAUGCCCGACUGUGGCAAGUGCCCUGCACGCGUAUUGAUAUCAAGGAUAUCGGCUACUUUAUGAAGGACUGGAAAGCCGACCACGAGAGCUACAUGGCUGCCGGCCUGGCAAUCUACAGCGUCAAGGGCUUUGCUGCCAAAGAGAGUCUCAUGUGGAUUACCCACGGUUACGGCUUUGCCCUGCCCAUCAUGGUGCGUGAGGUUUUUGUUACCGAGGACAGUAGUCUCAACAUCGAGUGGCGUGAGGCCCCCAGCGUCAACGAAGGCUCUCACGACUUUGAGAUCCGCAGUGAGAGGCUGGAUGUCGGUGCCGAGGGCGUCAACAGUGCUGCUCUGUCCGAGUACCUUGACAAGCACAUCGAGGGUCCCUUUGAAGACUUCAUCGAUGACCAUUUUGAUGGCACCCCCUUCAUCACGGAGAUUCUCAAGACCGCCCACCGCUACUAUGUCAAGGAAAAGAUGCCCGUCAUUGGCAAGGCUCUUAAGCUGGUGCUCGCUUACAACCUUACCAUGCACAUCACCAUGGUCGAGAACCAGGGCUCCGAGGUCCAGCUCGACAGCCAGAUUGAGGAUGCCGAGUCAAAGUACUACGGCCGCACCGUCGCCCCUAUGAUGGUCAACUUCCAAAUCAAGUAUGCCCUGGCUGAGAUGUGGCGCGAGCUUCAAAAGGACAUUCUCGAAGAGCUCUCCUCACUCUACUCGGGAGUCUACAGCGGCGAGAAGAUGAAGAACUGGCCCACCAUCUUUAUGCUUGCGUCCAUUCUGCUUGCUGUUUGGGAAGAGAUGCAGUUUGAUUGCCACUAUCGUGUUCCCGACCCGGCGGCGGUGAACAAGUUCUGCACAGACAUGGAAACCACCCCUGUUGGUGUGAUUGUGGGCCUCUUCCACGCCAUUUCCCAGAAGCUUCCCGCUUUUACGGAAUGGGACACGGCCCAACACGGCCAGCUGCUUCACAACAAUGUGUCCGUUUGCGAGGCCAUGACUGAGGUUCGCCAGCACGUCGUCAAGCACGAGGCAUACCUGCGCACGCGCAAGGAAGAGGCCAGCUUCGACCCGACUGACUUUGACUCGCUGUCAAACAAGUUCCUAUCCAAGCUUGUUAUCAAGGCCAACUAG